AACGCUAGUGCACGAUGCUAAUGAUAAAUACGAAUACUCAGAGCAGUAAUAUGCACAUGACUAUCGGUCGCAUGAUAAAAGCGUGCUAAUUAAGCACGUGAGGCCGCGGUCAAGACGAAUCCAUGGUUACCGUCAAAGUAGUCACGUGAUGUAGGUGGCGUCAUUUUAUUAUUAUUUUUUUUUUCUUUCUGUUUUCCCCCACUCCUCAUACUAUUUAGCAUAGUAGCUAGCGGAUUGGGACGCACCCAAACUGCAGACAGGAAGAGCGGAUGCUGUUAACAAAACUGCUAGCUGUAGACAGGAUAAAUACAACAAACAAAGUUUUUCCCCCCGUUAGUCGGUGAAACGAGUGAAAGCGCGGUGAAGCUCUCUUCAUAUUGAGUUCCUGUCUUCGGGUCUGCAGCUUCUUUGUACUCCUGGUUUUUGAAGAAGAGUUAUACAGGUCAUGGCGGGAGAGCGGAGUCAUCUCCUGCCACAUGGAGCAUACAGCGUGCUGGGGGAGAGUACAGACUCCAGGAAGGGGUCCACGUCCGGGGACGACGCUUCCAAAGACAAUCCCCGCAAACUCAACACAUUCUUUGGGGUGAUGGUGCCCACCAUCCUGUCCAUGUUCAGCAUCGUCCUCUUCCUGCGCACAGGUUUUGUCAUCGGUCAUGCUGGUCUUCUCCAAGGACUUCUCAUGUUGGCUGUCGCAUAUUUCAUCAUCUCCUUGACCGUCCUGUCUAUCUGUGCCAUCUCUACUAAUGGGGCAGUGCAGGGGGGCGGAGCUUACUACAUGAUCAGUCGUUCUCUGGGUCCGGAGUUUGGAGGCAGCAUCGGCCUCAUGUUCUACCUGGCGAAGGUGUGCGCGUGCGGCGUGUACGUGCUCGGGCUGGUGGAGGCCAUACUGAACGUUUUUGGACAGGAUCCAGUGGCCGGGGUGCCGGAGGGCGUGCGUGUCCUGCCUCAAGGUUACUGGUUCUCGGUGCUCUACUCCUCUGUGCUGCUGCUGCUCUGUUUGGUCAUUUGUCUGGUCGGCGCUCACAUCUACGCCAAAGCCUCCUUCCUCAUCCUAGUGGUGGUGACGUUGGCCGUGUUGUCCAUCCUCAUCAGCCCGCUAGUUAUCGGGCCGCGAAACUUCAGCUUCACGCACACGCUCGGGCGGAACAACACGGUCACGUACAACGCCAGCUACACAGGCUUCAACAGAAGCACACUCGUCAGCAACUUGUUUUCCGGCUACUCUUUAGACUACAGUACAAACAGGGUGAUGUCAUUUUCCACGGUCUUUGCUGUGAUGUUCACCAGCUGCACUGGCAUCAUGGCAGGAGCCAAUAUGUCGGGUGAGCUGAAGAACCCCAGUGUAGCCAUUCCAAAAGGCACCAUCAUGGCUUUGCUGUACACCUUCACAGUCUACCUACUCCUCUUCUUCCUCGUCAGCUCCACCUGUGACAGGGUGUUGCUGAUUAAUGACUUUGCCGUAUUCCAGCAAAUAAACGUGUGGCCUCCGUUUGUAAUCAUCGGCGUGUACUGUGCCUCACUAUCUGCAGCCAUGUGCUCACUCAUUGGAGCGUCACGCAUCCUACAUGCCCUUGCAAUUGACCGGCUCUUCGGUUUGCCCCUGGCCCCUGCUGCCAUCACUUCUCGCUCGGGAAACCCUUGGGUCUCUGUACUGUACACCUGGGCACUGGUGCAGUGCACAGUGUUUGCAGGUCAGCUGAAUGUGAUCGCAGGUUUGGUGACCGUCUUCUAUCUGCUGUCCUAUGCUGCAGUAGAUCUGGCCUGUCUGGCCUUGGAGUGGGCGUCUGCUCCCAAUUUCAGGCCUACGUUUCAGUGCUUCUCUUGGCACACGUGCCUGUUGGGCCUGGUCAGCUGUCUGGUGAUGAUGUUUGUGAUCAAUCCAGUGUACUCAUCAGCCAGCAUCGUGGUGUUACUGCUGCUGCUGCUCUUCCUGCACUAUCGAUCACCCACAAGCAGCUGGGGCUACAUCAGUCAGGCGCUCAUCUUCCAUCAGGUGCGAAAGUAUUUGCUGAUGCUGGACUCGAGGAAGGACCACGUGAAGUUCUGGAGGCCACAGGUGCUGCUGAUGGUGGCCAACCCUCGCUCUUCCAGCCAGCUCAUCUGCUUCGUCAACCAGCUAAAAAAAGGAGGCCUGUUUGUGCUGGGCCAUGUGCAGAUCGGAGACCUGGAUGUCGUGCCAACAGACCCUGUGCAGCAGCAGUAUAAUUUCUGGUUGAGUCUGGUGGAUAAGCUGGGCGUUAAAGCAUUUGUAGAUCUGACCCUUUCUCCUUCAGUCAGGCAGGGCACCCAGCACCUACUGCGCAUCACUGGAUUGGGAGGAAUGAAGCCAAACACACUAGUUCUGGGGUUCUACGACAACUGUUACCCAGAGGACUAUUUCCUUCAGGAUCCUACAUUCUGUAGUGGUGCAGUGGACGGUGCCGGUUUUAUCGGAGAUGAGGGGGACAACUUUGGCGUGGACCUCCCGUCCCUACAGGCCCACUUCCCACCUGUGCGUCAUGCAGAGAGCCCCCGCUGGCUUCAGCCAGAUGAGUACGUUGGCAUCAUCUCUGAUGCCAUCAAAAUGGGCAAGAACGUGUGCCUGGGCCGCUACUUCUUCCAGUUGCCACCUGAAAGCAAAGGAAAAGGCGCUACGUCGACCAAAAACGGAGAUCCCGCUGCUGAGACGAUUGACGUGUGGCCAUCUAACCUGCUAAGUGCUGGUGCAAACCAAAGCUACGCUGAUGUUUGCAGCCUCUUCCUGCUGCAGAUGGCUUGCGUUUUAAACAUGGCUGCCUUGUGGCGCCGUGCACGUCUGCGCAUCUUCCUCUGUGUGGAGUCGGAAUCUGGAGACCAGGGCUGGCUGGCCAAAGAGGAACGCUUCAGGGAGCUGCUAGGGAAGCUGAGGAUCCGCGCCACUAUUAAGAUCGUGUCGUGGGAUCCUGUGGUGCGGCUGAUGCGAGGAAACGACAGGAUAGUGCCCCCUGUUGUGACUGAGGAGUUCCUGUGCGCGGUCAACAGGCUCCUGAAAGAACACAGCACUUCCGCCGCAGUGCGCUUCCUCUAUUUGCCCCGCCCGCCCGCCGAUUCCAGGCAGUCGCAGCAGUACCUUGCACAGUUGGAUACCCUCACUGAAGGACUUGGUCCCACUCUUCUGAUUCAUGGUCUGACCCCUGUUACAUGUACUGAGCUUUGAGUGAAUUACACAGUUGAAUUAAAUGCAGCAAAUGUAUAAAGGGAAUUCACUUUAAACCAAAUAUUAGGCCACGUUUACUCUGAGAAGUCGUUUUUUGGUGUGCGACAUUUGCUUGGAAUGGAAGUUUGUCUCGGCUAAUAUGUUUCAUCAACUCGCCUUGAUGUACAUCAUUAGCGAUCAAUUUAUUUAUUUAUUUCUAAAAUAGCAGGGACAUCAUAUUUGCCAAGUUAUUUCCAAAGUGGGGGCCUAGAGGCCGGAGUGAUUUGGGUUCAUCGGUCUCAUAGCUGCAUACUAAACAUGUCUCAACUGAUCGACUGAUUUUAUGUAUUUGUAUACUUGCAAAACCAUCUCUUUAACAUACUUAAACAUGCAUUCUGUGGCUUGUGCUUACUUAACACUGCAGCUUGGUCUUAUUGCAUGGCCGACUUCUUUGUUCUCUGUCCCCAUAUGCAUUUGUUCUCCUCUUGAGUUUGCAGAACCAAAACAUUUUUUGUCUGUCAGUCACUGUUGUUAUGUGAAUGGGGAACUUGAACGUUUAAACAACCCUUUUAUUCAAGCACUUUCCUUCCAUUUCGGAGCAUGGUGAUCUGAAGGAUAUCAGGAUAUUUAGGGAAUGGGAUCACUGGGCUGAAGGAGUGUCCGUGUGUGGCUUUGACUUGACUUUAACAUUCUAAAGUGAUGUUUGUAUAACUGGCACAACCAGGUUUCUUACUUGGAUGUCUUUUUCUUCCACUUGUACUUUCCUUGUAUAGCUUCAGUGUUACUGUGUAACUGCCUUAUUUACUUUCCCAUAGCCUUCCAGAUUGGUAUGGGUUUGCGUUCUUCUCCGCUUUAACACAUUCCCAUCCUCACAUGCAGACUGAUGCAAACCAGCUAGUGCAAUACUUCCAGUUCCUCCUUUUUUUGUGUGUGUUCAACAGCUCCUUCCUUGCAGUUUAACCGUCUUAAAGGAAUACUCCAGAGUUCUUUCCGGCCUAAUUCUUAUCUGCUGCAUCUGUAACAUGUCUGUAAUUACCACAAACGUAUCGACACGCUUCACUGCAAUGAUGAAAGGUGGGGAGGAUAUCUGGAUCUAACCAUAAAGGUCUCCAGAUGAGAAGGACAUGACAGAAAGUCUCGUCACAGCUUUCCAACACUGCUUUGAUGUGUUCAUGCAAAACUCUUUAACUACUCUGACCUUAUUGGUGAGGAAUAACCUAAAAUUCUUCCCUCUGAUAAGGUAGUUUCAUAUUAACAUUAAAGAUGGGGGCGCGGGGGUGGGGGGGGGGGGGGAAGGGUGAGGUGAGGGAACUAGGAAAUAACCUUAUCUUGCAGACGUUCGACAAUAAUAUAAAAGGAGAUAAAAUGUUCUUCAGUCAGUUAAAACAUGUAAUCGUUGGCUAAUCACGGUGGUGCGAGAGGAAUAAAACACUUUGGUGUCUGCUGUUGUAGGGAAAUAAUCAACUUUGGAGUGGUAAUAGUGUAAAAAAAAAAAAAAAAAUUGUCCUAGAACAGCGUGCACCAUGUGAUUCACUUCUUAUACAUUUCACGUGAAAGUUUGAGUUUCUCGUCUGCCCUUACACUUUGAAUAUAUGUCAGUUUUGUGCACGAGUUUUCAGUUCUUUCUGAUUGCAGGGUAACGUGUCACAGAUCUUGUUUGCAGUAAUCACACAAACAGUAAGGAUAUGUUCGACGUCAGUUUGAAAAGUGCUUGCGGAUCCUGGAUUAUUCUUUUAAAGGCCUGAACUGGGACACGGCAGAAAUUAGGAGUCUGUUGACAUGACAAUUGUGUAUUGUAUUUUACAGAUGUGCAUAGUUUGUGUUCGGACUAUAUAUUGAUGCUUACUGUCUUAAAACCUACUUAAGUAAUGUAGACCUGUGUUGAUAUGGUGGUUGUUUAUGUACAUUUGCAGCAGAUCAUAAUCUAUCUGCUUGAGUUUAUCCAUUUAGUCAGAAAUGCUUGAUGCAAAUGCUUAUAUGAAUAUAGUCAUACAUUUAAAAGAAAAAAAAAGGGGGUUGUGCAUUGCUGCUGCUGCUGCUGCUCAGCUUUAUUAUAAUUGCACUUACUGGCACCAAAUUUAUAGUCUGUGGUGUAGACAUACCUCAUUUCCUCAGGUCGAGUUCUAUAAGAGAGGAAUAGGAGAUGGUUUGAAGACUUUGUAUAAACCCUUAAAGCAUUUUGAAAAAGUGUGUUAACGUUUGGGUUGACUUGGAUCUGUAAACGUGCCUUGGGAAUCAGAUUUAACUAAUGUUCUGGUUAAUACGUCGGUCCGCGGGCGGGAGGCUUUGGGUCAGUGGAGACUGCCUCUGUCCUUCCCGGCAGCAAUGAAAUUGAACAGAGAAUUACAAAGCCAGAUGUUUCGUACUGGUGCUGAGACACACUACGGGUCUCGACACCGUGGGGUUAGACUGAACGUCCAAGACAGUGUGUUUAUGUGCUUUUAAUUUAAUGUGUAUUUAUAUAAAAGGUCCUGUAUUAACAAUACAUAUUCUGUUUAAUUUAACAAACAUAGGGUAAUAUUGUUAUUAUAUAUGUAUAAAAAAAAUAUGUACACAAUAAACUGGUUCAAUAUU